AUGGUCGCGGAUGAACUCGCGCGCGUCGCGAGCGGGAGAUCGAUGGUGAUUCCGGACACGAUGCGGUACAGGCUCGAUCCGCCGCCGCGGAGCGAGCGCGAGAGCGCGGAGGCGUGGGAGAAGGCGAUCGAAAACGCGCGCGCGCAGUUGGAACAUCAGGCGACGAGACGCGCGAAUUUGGAGCUGGCGCUGAAGUACGCGCCGGCGGCGUGGCGGGCGAGGAACGCGUGGGGAGACGCGGCGGUGAAGGCGUACGAGGAGGAGCUGGCGCGCGUACGCACGGAGGUGAACGAGCUGAACGUGAUGCGGAAGUUGCAGCAAGAGAGCGCGGCGAAGGAAAUUUCCGCGCUCGAGCGCGAGUGGUACGCGACGACGCGGAAAUGCGCGGCGAUCGAAGGCGCGAUCGCGGAUCUCGAGGCCGAAUUAGCGACUAAGUAG